UGUGCAGACGCUGCCAAGAUUGUCAGGAGGCCAAAGAUCACAACGGUUGUUGCUCAGCAACCACCAGGAAUCCGUCGAGCCCUCGCUGACGUCAGUAAUCUCGUCAAUGGCCGGGCUGCUCUGCCUGUCGUUAAUCGCCAGAAGGCUCCAGCAGCAGCUGACAAGUGCAGGAAACCAAUCAAGCAGCGCAACGAGAACAACAAGGCUAAGCCAGAAGUCAUCGUGAUCAGUUCGGACUCCGAGAAACAGAAGAAAAGUCCAGCCCAGAGAGCAGCCUCCCGGAGGGCACCAAUCCAAACGCUCACCUCGAUUCUGACCAAGUGCAGCAGGGCUUCUGGCGGUGUGAUCAGCCCGAAAAAGGAGCUGAUAUACGACAUCGAUGCAUCUGAUGCUCACAACGAGCUGGCAGUGAUUGAUUACGUCGAAGAUAUCUACAGAUUCUACAGGAGCACUGAGAACACCUACCGGCCUCUCUGCACCUACAUGGUGUCACAGACCGAGAUCAACGAGAGAAUGAGAGCAAUCCUGACUGAUUGGCUCAUCGAAGUGCACUACAGGCUUAUGCUGAUGCCGGAGACCCUGUACCUCACUGUCUACAUAAUUGAUCAGUACCUGUCCCUGGAGAAUGUGGCCAGGAAUGAGCUGCAGCUUGUCGGAGUAAGCGCCAUGUUGAUAGCCUGCAAGUAUGAGGAGACUUGGGCUCCAUUGUUUAAGGACUUCCUUGUCAUAUCAGACAACUCCUUCAGCAGGCAGCAGGUUCUGAGCACAGAGAAGUCCAUACUUAACAAGCUCCAGUGGAACCUGACUGUUCCGACAAUGUACAUGUUCAUCCUUCGAUACCUGAAAGCUGCAUUGGGUGACAAGGAGCUGGAGCACAUGACAUCGGUGAUAGCAGCCGCUGCCGUCUACGCUGCUCGGUGUACCCUUGGGCCUUGCCUGAGCCCACUAUGGAGCGAUCUUCUGGAGUACCACACCGGCUUAGCCGAGCCACAAUUGCUGUAUGUCUUCUUCUUCAUGACUUGAUCUUUGCCCAUGAAAUUUAAUUACACAUUGAAUCUGAAGAAUACGAGCUGUGAAUGAAUUGUGUU